AUGGAUACAUUUUUGAACAGACCUAAACGUAAUAAUCCAGAAUUUGAUUAUUCUAAUACUGUAAGAAAAUCAAAACACCGUAAAUAUGAUGAGAGUUACAUGGAUUAUAGUUUUACGUAUACGGUAUUGGAGAUUGAAGAACGUCCACAAUGUGUUAUUUGUUUCAAAGUAAUGGCUGUUGAAAGAAUGCUGCCUAAUAAAAUGAAACGUCAUUUGGAAACGACAACCUUUGCCAAGCAUGCUAAGAUCCCUUCUAAGGCUCUACUUGCAUCUUACAAAGUUGCUUAUCAAAUCGCUAAAUGUAAAAAACCACAUACUAUCGCAGAACAGCUCAUUUUACCAGCAACAAUGGAUAUGGUGUCAAUUAUGCUUGGGGAGGCUGCUGCCAAGAAAUUAAUGAACAUACCAUUAUCAGAUACUAUCAUUAGUCGCAGAAUACUUGAUUUAGCUGAAGAUAUUAAUGAUCAGUUGAUAGAUAAAUUAAAAGAUGGUGGUGUUUUUCACGAAGAUCUUCUUUUUUGUCGAACUAUUAAAAGUCAAGCUAAAGCAGUAGACUUGUUCCAAAUGCUCGAUUCUUUCAUUACGGAAAAUAAUUUAAUGUGGGAAAUGUGCUGUGGUAUUUGUACUGAUGGAGCUCAUUCUAUGUCAGGAUGUUACAAUGGACUUCAAGCCCUUAUUAAAAAAAAAAAAGCCCCAUACCACCAUGAAUACCACAAAAAAUUUAAAGACAUUGAUUUUCUUACAAAACUGUCAUAUCUUUCCGAUAUUUUUUCAAAGCUAAAUAUAUUAAAUAAAUCAUUGCAAGGAAAUGAAAUUCACAUUUUUGAGCUUCUUAAUAAAAUUACGGCUUUCCAAAGAAAAUUAGUUUUAUGGAAGACUAAAAUAGAAGAGGACACUAUUAAUAACUACUUUCCUAUGCUCUAUACAUUUCUAAAAGAAAAUGAUAUGAACUUGAAUGAGAUCGUCAAAAACGAGUUCAUUGACCACUUAUCAAACCUCAAAAUUAAUUUCGAAUAUUAUUUUCCACAAAACACUCAACAACAAAAUUGGAUCAAAGAUCCUUUCAGUGCUAAUCUUCCAAUAAAUUUGUCAUCUAUUGAACAAGAACAGUGGAUCGAUGUAACAUCAGAUUUCACAAUGAAGACCAUGUUCGGAUCAUCGUCGUUAACACAAUUUUGGACGCAUGUGAAACUACAAUACACCGAAUUGGCCACCAAAGCUUUGAAAAAUUUAACACCUUUUGCAACUUCGUACCUCUGUGAGACCAGGUUUUCUGCGUUAGCUGUAAUUAAAACAAAAUAUCGGUCAAAAGUGAACGUUGAGAAGGAGAUGAGAAUAGCUAUUUCCAAACAAUAG